AUGGCAAGUCUUGCUCCACCUGGCAGCGAGGCAGCAGCGGCACCUGGAACCGGAGGCGAUCAUCGCCGAUCGGAUGCGGGCGAUUCGCAUCCAACGACCCGUAGGGCCUCUGCCACGACCUCACUUCCACAUCCUGCCGUCCGACGGCGUCCCUGGCGCUCGGGGGUGACUGUGCAGCGUGUGCGAUGCGGCAACGUUGGUGGAUUUUCGCUUAGGAUGGGGGUGACAUCUGCUGAUCGUGGGACUCGCUUGGUUAGGGCCUCAAGAGCUUCUUCUACUGGAAGAGUUAAUGAGCUCAAUAUAUAUUGUAAAAUGGAAGUACUGCGUGAUAUGCACCUGCCACCAGGAUUUGGAUUCCAUCCUUCGGAUCCUGAACUUAUUUCUCACUAUCUGAAGAGGAAAAUACUUGGCCAGAAAAUUGAAUAUGAUCUUAUACCAGAGGUGGAUAUAUACAAGCAUGAACCAUGGGAUUUAUCUGCAAAGUGCAAUCUUCCAAUCAAGGACAACAAGUGGCAUUUCUUUGCCUCUCGUGACAGGAAGUACCCUACUGGCUCUAGGUCAAACAGGGCAACACUCGCUGGUUACUGGAAAUCAACUGGAAAGGACCGAGCCAUAAAGCUGAACAAGCGAACUCUAGGAACAAAGAAGACUUUAGUUUUUCAUGAAGGCCGUCCUCCCUCUGGCAGACGCACUGAGUGGAUUAUGCAUGAGUACUACAUAGACGAGAAUGAAUGUAAAGUCAGCCCUGAUAUGAAGGAUGCCUUUGUCCUCUGCCGUGUUACUAAAAGAAAUGACUGGGCAUUAGAUAAUGAUAAUGAGGUGGGCAACAGGAACUCUCAUCUGGAACAACUAGAUGAUGCUGCUACAUCAGUUGUCAGCACUGUAAAGCCAGAAGAUGCUGCUGCCUCAGUCAUCUGUCCAGAAGAAUCGAAUCAUGCUGCUACACCAGUUGGCAGUGCUGAACUAUCUAAUGAUGGUGCUCAGGCAGCUAUCACUCCUGAUUCAACAUCUCCAAAUGGUGGUAAUGAUCUGGAAACAUGGCUGGAAGAACUGUUGGAUCCUUCACCUUCAUUUAACCUCGUAGGUGAUACUGGUUCUGCUGACGUGUCUCUGACUGAACAAUGUGCUGAAUCAACGAAUUUGCAGAAUCCUGGUUCCGUGGCUCCGAAUAUUGGACCAGGCCAUGCUAGCCCUAUCCAGGAUGGAACAGAUGCCACAAACUACCUAUUCAUUGAUGAUCUUCCCGAGGAUCUUUACAGUAUGUUGUAUCCUGGUAGUGACCAGUUCAAUGACAGUAUAUUCUUGGAACAAGCUGGCCAGGAAGGUAUUGCUUUUCCUACCAACCAAGCAUAUAUGAUGGGAACAGAUUCGUGUGCUCUUCCAAACAACUUUGAGAAUGGAACUGCGAAUGCUGAAUUGCAGUUAGACCAGGAAAAUAACAAGACGAAUCUGUCAAAUGGAAAUAUUGACAAUGGAAUUAUAAUACGAAGGCGCAGAGCAACCGCAUCUCCUGCUAACAAUUCACUAGCAGCUGUCAACUUUAAAAUGCAGGUUGGAAUUAAGAGGAUGGUUACAAGUAAUUCUGAAUCUAUCAACCAGACUAUGAAGUUUACAGAUAACAGUGGCCGUCGUCUUGAUCUCAGGACUGAUGUUGAUCACCAGAAGAAAAAUACAAUGAAUGUCAUUUCUGCUCAGUCUGAUGCAGCCAAUCCUGAAGGCCACAGCAAUCAAGGUUAUCUCAAGGGCUUCAAAAGAUGUUCAUCAGCUGGAUUCAAGGCAUACAUAUUUGUUGCCUUUUUUGUGGUUGGAGUUGCUGCUGCUGCUGCUGCUGCAGUGCUGCAUUAUCACCGCUCUGGUGCCAACCUAUAA